GGCCGCCCCGCCCCCCUGCAGUCCCAAUUCCGUCUCACCUACCCCAUGAUCCUGGGGCUGCUCCGGGCUCAGGCCCUGCGGGUGCAGGAUGUGAUGAGGAGCAGCUUCGCCGAGUUCCCCCUGCGCAGGGAUGCCCCGCGCCUGGCAGAGCUGCAGCAGAAGUUUGGGGUCCCUGAGAGCCCUGAGGAGCCGCUCGACUGCAGCCUCGUCCCGGUGGUCUACGAGUGGGCCCGAGGGAUGAUCCACAUGGGCAAGAAGUUGUACAAGUGCGCUGAGCGUGGGAAGAGCUUCAGCACUUGUGAUCAUUUGAAUUGUCACCAACGUGUCCAUACGAAAGAAAGGCCUUUCAGGUGUUCCAAGGGUGAGUGGAGCUUCGUGGACACCUGGGCCCUCAUUCGUCACCUCCGGGUCAACGCAGGAGAAGAACUUGCCAUUGGUGAGGAAUGUGGGAAAGGGUCAGGAUCCACCCGGCCCAUCUCCAUCAUUGGGCCAUCCAUGGGGAUCCACAUGGGCAAGAAGUUGUACAAGUGCGCUGAGCGUGGGAAGAGCUUCAGCACUUGUGAUCAUUUGAAUUGUCACCAACGUGUCCAUACGAAAGAAAGGCCUUUCAGGUGUUCCAAGGGUGAGAAUUCUACACUCAUCAAACAUCAUCGCACCCACAGAGGAGAGAAACCCCACACGUGUCCCCAGUGCCAGGGGAGCUGA